GUGAGAAUGCACAUCUACAGCUUCAAGCAAGUGAGACGGAUUUACAAUGUGAUCGGAAUUCUCCGAGGAGCAACAGAGCCAGGUUGGCGACCCAGGAGGACAAUAAUUUUUGCUAGUUGGGAUGCUGAGGAGUUUGGCUUAAUGGGAUCAACAGAGUGGGCAGAGGAAAAUGUCAAAAUACUGCAAGAGAGGGCUGUGGCCUACAUCAAUGCUGACUCCUCUAUAGAAGGUAAAACACACUUGUGUGAUUGGUCAUUUCUGAACUGCAUUGAUAAUUGA